AUGCGUUUCUUGGUCACCUACUUCCCCUUCGACUGGCAGAACUGCACCAUGGUGUUCAGUUCUUACAGCUAUGACAGCUCAGAGGUCAGCCUGCAGACCGCGUUGGGUCCUGACGAGCAGAAACGGCAGGAAGUGUACAUUCAUGAAGGGACCUUCAUUGAGAAUGGCCAAUGGGAAAUUAUCCACAAGCCUUCUCGGCUAAUCCAGCCUCCGGCGGAUGUGAGGGGAGGCGGGGAAGGACAGCGGGAAGAAGUCACCUUCUACCUCAUCAUUCGUCGGAAGCCUCUCUUCUACCUGGUCAAUGUCAUUGCCCCGUGCAUCCUCAUCACUCUCCUGGCCAUCUUCGUCUUCUACCUGCCUCCAGAUGCAGGAGAGAAGAUGGGGCUCUCGAUCUUUGCCCUGCUGACCCUGACUGUGUUCCUGCUGCUGCUGGCAGACAAAGUUCCUGAGACCUCCCUGUCUGUCCCCAUCAUUAUCAAGUACCUCAUGUUCACCAUGGUGCUCGUCACUUUCUCAGUCAUCCUUAGCGUCGUAGUCCUCAACCUGCACCAUCGCUCACCCCACACCCACCAAAUGCCCAUUUGGGUCCGUCAGAUCUUCAUCCACAAACUCCCUCCAUACCUGGGUCUGAAGAGACCCAAACCUGAGAGAGACCUGAUGCCGGAGCCACCUCCUGUAGCCCUCAGGGACUCUCCAGCAAGUGGCUGGGGUCGAGGAACAGAUGAAUAUUUCAUCCGGAAGCCACCGAACGAUUUUCUCUUCCCCAAACCCAACAGGUUCCAGCCUGAACUGUCUGCCCCGGACCUGCGGCGAUUUAUCGAUGGCCCAAACCGGGCUGUGGGCCUGCCUCCCGAGCUGCGGGAGGUCGUUUCCUCGAUCAGCUACAUCGCUCGACAGCUGCAGGAACAGGAGGACCACGACGCGCUGAAGGAAGACUGGCAAUUUGUGGCCAUGGUAGUGGAUCGCCUUUUCCUCUGGACCUUCAUCAUCUUCACGAGCGUUGGGACCCUCGUCAUCUUCCUGGAUGCCUCGUACCACUUGCCCCCUGCCGACCCCUUUCCUUGA